ACACGACGAGAAGUGAAAACAUAAAAAGAACACAAAAGCGGGAAAACUUUGUCUCUUUUUGUUUGACUACAGAAAACAGUGCUCUGUGAAUGGAAGAGGUUAAGGCCAGCGCCGCUUGGGUUGCUUCUCACUCCUCUCAUGUGUUCGUCGAUUCUUCAGGAUUAGAGAAGGUAGUGGAGAAGAUAAAGGACACAAUACCCAAAAUAAAAUGGGAUUUUAAGGGAAUUCAUUACUUUGAUGGUGGACCUCUCUCUAUACAGUAUCUUCUUGUCUUGGAUGCCUUGAAUUUUUGCUUUUGGCCUGAUGAGGAGUUAAACUAUGACCAUCUUGCUUUGGGGUUAAAGAGAGCUUUGGAGCAUGAUAAAUCUGCAUUUGAUGCAGAUCGUCUCCAAAAGUAUACAGGUACUGAGCUACGAAAGAUGUUGAAGUGGCCUCGACCACUUCCUUUAGAAGAUGAGCGAGUUCGCCUACUCCAUGAGGUUGGCCGCGAACUGGAGAAGAACUUUGAGGGAAAAGCAUCCAAUCUUGUGGCAUCAUGUGGAAAAUCAGCUGUUAAACUAGUAGCUCUUGUAACUCAUCACUUUCCUGGCUUUAGGGAUCACACAAUAUAUAGAGGCCAUCAAGUAUUUUUGUAUAAAAGAGCACAAAUAUUUGUAGCAGAUCUGUGGGGUGCAUUCAAGGGCCAGGGUUUUGGGGAGUUCAGCGACAUAGGUUCUAUCACAGUUUCUGCUGACUACAUCCUCCCCGCUGUUCUGAGGCAUCUUGGUGUGCUUAAAUACAGUCCAUCCCUUGCUAGCACUAUUGAAUCAACCAGUGAAAUAGGCUCUGGCACUGAAGAGGAAAUAGAAUUGCGGGCUUGCUCCAUCCAUGCUGUAGAAAAAAUGAGGGAUUUGAUCCGGUUAAAAUCUGGAAAGCAGGUGUUGAGUGUGGAGCUUGAUCUUUGGUUAUGGUCAUAUGGCAUUCAGUUGCCUUCUCUUGUGCACCACAGGACACUCUCCAUAUACUACUGACACUCUGCUGUUCAAUUAACUCCCUUCUUUAACACAUUUUGUACAUGUUGGAGGAUACGUGGACACUGGCAUGGCGUGCUCUGAUUCUAGUAUUAGAAUGUUCGUGAAUUUAGCUUGAUCUUUGGUUAUGGUUCAUUUGUUUAUGGAACUGGCAUCAAUGUGCUAUUUUCAUCCUUAUUUUUUGCUGCACAAACAAAAAGUAUUCAUAUUUUUCACUUAAUAUUAUAUUUUUUUGGUUUAAA